UGGUUUCCUUUCUCCAACCAGUCCAUUUUCGCGAGCUUCCGUCUCCAAUAUGGCGUCGUGCUUGCAAGCAUCCAUGAAUUCUCUGCUUCCACGCUCUUCUUCUUUUUCUUCUCAUCCUCCUUUAUCUUUUAAUUCAUCCGGGAGGAGAAACUUGAAGACCUUUCGCUAUGCCUUUCGCGCCAAAGCCUCUGCCAGAAUCCCUAUGCCUCCGAUAAAUCCCAAGGAUCCUUUCCUCUCGACACUCGCUUCUGUUGCCGCGAAUUCUCCAGAAAAGCUUCUCAAUCGUCCGGUAAACUCUGAUGUGCCGCCGUAUCUUGACAUCUUCGACUCCCCUCAGCUCAUGUCUUCUCCUGCUCAGGUUGAAAGAUCAGUGGCUUACAACGAGCACCGACCGAGAACUCCUCCACCAGACUUACCCUCUAUGCUUCUUGACGGAAGAAUCGUUUACAUUGGAAUGCCUCUUGUGCCAGCAGUGACAGAGCUGGUUGUCGCAGAGCUAAUGUAUCUUCAGUGGCUUGAUCCCAAGGAACCCAUCUACAUUUACAUCAAUUCCACAGGGACCACUCGUGAUGAUGGCGAGACAGUCGGCAUGGAAUCAGAAGGUUUUGCCAUCUAUGAUUCUUUGAUGCAACUUAAGAAUGAGGUACAUACAGUCUGCGUGGGAGCAGCCAUAGGUCAGGCAUGUCUUUUACUUUCAGCCGGGACAAAGGGUAAACGGUUUAUGAUGCCACAUGCCAAAGCAAUGAUCCAGCAACCUCGUGUACCUUCUUCUGGGUUGAUGCCUGCCAGUGAUGUCUUGAUUCGUGCGAAAGAGGUUAUAACAAACAGGGAUAUACUUGUAGAACUACUAUCAAAGCACACUGGGAAUUCCGUGGAGACUGUAGCUAACGUGAUGAGAAGACCAUAUUACAUGGAUGCCCCAAAAGCUAAAGAAUUUGGAGUCAUUGACAAGAUUCUUUGGCGCGGUCAAGAGAAGAUUGUUGCGGAUGUGGUUUCUUCAGAUGAAUUUGACAAGAAUGCGGGAAUAAGAAGUGUAGAACAAGUCUAGGUUCAAGUUCUCUUGCCCCAAAACACUGUGUAAUGGGGAAGAACAAAUAGGCGUGGCUGCCUUGUUUCACAAUGGCCGUGGCUGCCUUGUUUCAAAUCACUUGGUAAAUGUGAAUCAUGCGAUUAGGGAGAAUCAUACUAAAAGGAUCUUGAAAUAUUAUGAUGAAAUUGUAAUGCUGUUUGUUCGUUAGUCAAAGUAAAUACAGUCUUCAACUCUCUUUUUUGCCCCCCUCAGAUUUCAAUAUUUAACAGUUUCAUACACUUUCAUU